AUGUGGGAUCAACUGAGAAUUUGCACAGUACAGGGUGUCACUUCCUGUCUGGCCGCCAGGGGGAGGCAAAGAGGAGCCCAGCAGGGUGUGGGCGUGGGCUUGUGCGUGGGCUUGUUGUGCGGGGGCGUCAGUAUGGGCGACACAAGCUGGGCUGGUAUUCGCACGGGUGUCCCCAAGGGCUCGCGGGUCGAGUUCAAAGCUAUGGGGGACAAGUACGCCACUCUGCAAAGGGCCCAGCUGCUUCUGGAGUUCAUCCACGCCAAUUCCACCACUCACAGCUUCCUUUUUGGAGCCCUGGCUGAAUUACUAGACAAUGCAAGAGAUGCAGGAGCUGCACGUCUUGAUGUAUUUUCAGUGGAUAAUGAAAAACUGCAGGGUGGAUUCAUGUUGUGCUUCCUGGAUGACGGAUGUGGUAUGAGCCCUGAUGAGGCCUCAGAUAUCAUUUUCUUUGGCACAUCCAAAAAACGGUCAUCAGCCUUGAAGUUUAUUGGGCAAUAUGGCAAUGGUCUUAAAAGUGGAUCCAUGAGGAUUGGAAAAGACUUUAUUCUCUUUACAAAGAAGGAAGAAACGAUGACUUGCAUGUUUUUUUCUCAGACGUUUUGUGAAAGAGAAGGUCUCAGUGAGGUUGUAGUGCCAAUACCUUCAUGGUUAAUGAAAACCAGAGAGCCUGCCACAGAUGAUCUUCAAAAAUUUUCACUGGAAUUGUCUAUAAUUUAUAAAUACUCUCCAUUUAAAACAGAAGCUGAAUUGAUGAAGCAGUUUGACGUGAUCUAUGGGAAAUGUGGUACUUUGCUGGUUAUUUAUAAUUUGAAGCUUCUGCUUAGUGGAGAACCAGAAUUAGAUGUCAAAACUGAUAAGGAAGAUAUACUGAUGGCCGGGGUUCUUGAGGAUUUUCCAGAAAGAUGGUCAUUCAGAGCCUAUACAUCUGUUUUAUAUUUUGACCCUAGGAUGAGAAUAUUCAUUCAGGCCAAACGAGUCAAAACAAAACACCUCUGUUAUAGUCUCUACAGACCUAGAAAGUACCAGUAUGUCACAUCUUCUUUUAAAGCAGUAUGUAAAAAUGAAGUUAAAAAGUUGGAAGAAGCAGUGAAGAUUGCUGAACUCAAGUUGAGAGAAACACAGAUCCAAGUAAACCAGUCUGACAAGUCUUCUCUGUCUUCUCCUGACAAGGAUGCAUUGCAGAAAGCUUUGGAAGAUGUAGAAGCAAAGCAUAAGAUUCUCAGAGAGAAACGGAGAGAAUUAAAAAGAGCAAGGACACUUUCUCUAUUCUACGGCGUGAACAUAGAAAACCGAAACCAAGCUGGGAUGUUCAUUUACAGUAAUAACCGCUUGAUCAAAAUGCAUGAGAAAGUGGGCCCACAGUUGAAACUGAAGUCCUUACUUGGUGCCGGUGUAGUUGGAAUUGUUAGUAUACCCUUGGAGAUCAUGGAACCGUCCCACAAUAAGCAGGAAUUUCUCAAUGUUCAAGAGUAUAAUCAUCUACUAAAAGUCAUGGGACAGUACGUGGUCCAGUACUGUAAGGACACCGGAAUCAGCAAUAGAAAUCUAACAUUGUUUUGGAAUGAAUUUGGGAGCCAGAGUAACCAGGACGUGGAGAAAACCACAGAUUAUAUUCAGUAUCAAAGAAGACAAGCCAUGGCCAUCCCAUUCAUUAUUCAAUGUAAUCUUUGCCUCAAAUGGAGAAUUUUGCCUUCCUCUGCUGAUUAUCCAGAGAAAGAUCUUCUAGAAUUCUGGAUUUGUGCUAACAAUCCGAAUCCCCAGGAAAAUAGUUGUCAUCAGGCAGAACGCCUACCUUCCAUUCCUGUGGGCACCAUAAGCACAGUGUUAACAUCAAAAAAUGGAAAAGAGAAGCAACUUCAAGAGUCAGUCCAGAAGUAUCACAAUCGACUGGCCGAACAGCAGCCACAGUUGCUUCAGUUUAUACCAGCAAGGGCCAAGGAUUUCACUGCCACCUGUCAAACAUCAGUAACUAAGGAAACUAUCAAAGGUAAAAAAAUCAGGCCUCCAAGUAAGGACUUGAAGCGUGAGUCUCUUGCAUCCUGUGAGCUUUUGAUAAAUCACAGAGGCCAGAGAAGAAACACAGAAGAGAUGGACUCUGAUAUAGAAUAUGUUUCAGAGACAAAUGUGACCAAGUCUAUGAAGAAAAAAGUGAAACUUCAACAACAGAGACAUUCAGCAACUUUGCCAGAAAACAUCAAGCUAGCUGGGAGUCCCCAGGCCUGUUCUUGGGAAAUGAAAAGGAAAGAAAGUCAAGCCUGUAUUCAGGGACGUAAGACUUUGACUGAAGUUGAAACCAGCAAUGGAUAUCCUGAUAUAAUCCUGGUUUUAAAUGAAAGCAACACUGAUAUCUCAUUGAAACAAGAAAAAAGGGAAGAUUCUCUUAUGAAAAAAGAAACACAGGAGCUGUGCAGUGACAUGCCAGAAAUAAAGAGAAACCCUUCAUUUUCUAGUUGGCAAAGCGAUCUCAUGGAAAAUUUGAAUAUUCCUAGACACAAAUCCAGAGUGUCUCAGAUUGGUGAUUGUAAAGCUGCUUCUUCACUGACAGAGUCUUCUCAAUGUAUACCUGUCACUGAGCAAACAGUGGAAAAGCUGAUGUCUAAUUUAAGGGACAUUCUUCUAUAUUUUUUUCCUGAGUAUCAGUUACCAUCAGAAUUUAGCUGCACAUCUGUGGAGGAACUCAUGGCAAGUCCUAAGCUGGAGCAGUGCCCAGAGCAGACAAACAAAAAGCUGAAAAUUUGUUUCAACCAGAUUCAGAAUGUUUGGAUGGCCCAGUAUGAGAAAAACCUAAAGAGAAAAAUGCAGUCCAUUAUCUUUGAUGCCAAUAGAAGAGGAGUGGUUAAUGAAAUAUCCUUGGGGCAAUGUGAAGGAAGAAGAAAAGUUACUGAAGAUAAACUGAGUGCUCUUCGUGGAAAAUUAGCAGUACUCUUGCAGAAACUUCACCUGGGUGGCCCAGCAGGAGAUCUAGAGGAGAUUGACAGUUAUUUAGAAGCUUUGCUUCAAGAAGACAAUCUUCUUUUCCAGAACACAUUAAAUAAAAAAUGACUACAGAUACUGCACGUCGUGAUCUCCCUUUAGUAAAGAAAUGAAGGUAUUUUUCAAAUAAAAAAGAUUUCUUCUAAAAUGCUUUUAAGAACAAGGAAGAUUCUCUUAAAAAAUAUUUCCCCCUUGUACUUGUUACUGGAAAGACCUUUCUGUUUAACACUAAGAAAAGUGUAUGUUGGAGCUCCAUUGGCGCAAUCGGUUAGUGUACGGUACUUAAACAGAAAAGUGUAUGUUCUACAAAUGGAGCCCGAUUUAGAUUUAUAUAUUCCUCAAUCCUAUUCCCUUACUCUUUGUGUAUAUAUGGUUGUAUUGCACAUUGUUAAGAAAAAUGGGAAUGUCAGUAGGCUUAAAUUUUGUUAAUCACUUAAGGGACUGUAAAAACUAGGAAAUUAGAACUUUCAAAAAUCAAUCUACAAAACACCGUGGAAUCACCUCUUGAAAUUUACAUCAGAAAAAUAAGGACAUUAUACUCUUUCCCUACCACAGCCAAUACUCAGUAAAGCAAGAAGUGUAAAUCCUCAAAAGCUUUGACAUCGGGUUUAUAUAAUUUUCUUACUGAUCUUACAGCUUUAGCUAUAAGUUCUUUAGAACAAAUACUCUGAUGUGAGUGCAUAUUGCAUGGUAGAAUUGUGUUUUUACAUUGUCAUUGAAAUCUGACUGUUUAUUUGCUAGUUUAAAAUACCUGCCACUUUAGGCAAAAACAAUAAAACAUUUAAGAAUUUGA